ACCAACGAAUUAAGGAUGAAAUUGACACUUGUCCUGUUGGCCCUUGUGGGCUGUGUGGCGGCAUUCAGUGUGCCGGCACCAACCAAGGUGAAGGUGGCCGAUUCUGCAUUCUUGGAGAAGCAAAAGUUCCUCUUCGAGAUUGUCUAUCGUGUGGAGGAUCCUUUGUCGUUCGAGGAAUGGAUCAAGUAUGGAAAGGUCCUUGUGGGCGACAAGUCUCAUUAUACGACGUACGAUGUCCAUAUGGAGAAAUUCUGGGAGUCCUACAAACUGGGCGCUCUGCUGCCUAAGGGUGAAUUCUUCGGUGCUCUGGUCAAGACCCACCACAAACAGGCCUGGGGUCUGUUCAACUUCUUCUACUAUGCCAAGGACUUUGAAACCUUCAAGCAGAACGUUGCCUGGGCUCGUAUUCAUGCCAACGAGGGCAUGUUUGUCUAUGCUUUGACUUUGGCCGUCAUCCACAAGCCUGAAUUCGAGGGCUUAAUUAUGCCCCAGAUCUAUGAGAUCUUCCCACAGUACUUCUUCAACAGCAAAUUCGUCUAUGAGGCCGAGAAGUUCGACUACGAUGUUUGGAGCAAGUACAUCAUGUACGAGAAGGAAUACAAGGACAUACUGUACAAGGAUGUUAGCGAAUUCCAUGACAACUCCUACUUCCACACCAAGGACUGGAAGACCUGGCAAUGGUGGAAGAUGAUGGGUCUGGGCGAACACUGGUACGUUGAGGACAAGUUCUUCCUGCGCGAAAACAUUGCACACUACACCAAGGAAUCCAAAUACACUGAGAUCACAAAGGGACUGAAGAAAUUCUACAUGCCUGUCGAUUAUACCCGUGACAUUGACUUCUUCAACGCCGAGAGCAAACUGAGCUACUUCACUGAAGAUUUGGGCUGGAACGCAUUCUGGUACUACCUUAACUUGGACUAUGCCUUCUUCCUUGAUGGCAAACAAUUCGGUUUGGAGAAGGAUCGCCGUGGCGAAUUCUGGAUCUACAACGUUCAACAGAUCUUGGCCCGUUACUAUCAGGAGCGUUUGGCCAACGGUUUUGGCGAAAUUCCCGAAUACUUCUGGUACAAACAGGUUGAGUUCGGCUACGAUCCUCAGUUGAUCUACUACAAUGGUGUUGGCUACAGCUACCGCAAGAAUUACUUCGAAUACCAGACCUACGGUAAAUUCGAUAUGCUGUAUCAGAUCCAGAACUUCUUCGAUCGCAUCUACAAUGUGUUGGAGACCGGCUACUACAAGACCGCCGAUGGUGUUGUCAUCGAUCUGCACAAGCCCGAGGCUGUCAAAUUCAUUGGCAACUAUCUGCAAGGCAAUGUUGAUACCUACGACAAAUACUUCUUCAACUACUACUAUAUGCUCUGUCAUAUGUACUUCUCUGAUGUCAACUAUUACGAUUUUGAGGUCUUCCCCAAUAUCUUCCUUAACUUCGAGACCAUGAUGCGCGACCCCAUGUUCUACACUUUCCACAAGAAGAUCGCCGAUGUUUUCUACAGGUUCCAGUACUACCAGGCUCCCUACACCAAGAAGGAUCUCACCUAUGAGGGCUUCAACAUCAAGGAUGUGAGCGUUAGCAAACUGGUCACUUACUUUGACUUUGUCGACUUUGAUGCCACCAAUCUGCUGAACGAUAAGAUGACCUUCGUCGAUGGCAAGUUCGUCUGGGACAAGGCUCUUCUGGCCCGUCAGGCUCGCCUCAACCACAAGCCCUUCAACUUUGAGUUCGACAUUGUCUCCGACAAGGUGCAGAAGGGUGUUGUUCGCAUCUUCCUGGGACCCAAAUUCGACGAAUACGGUCGCACCAUCCCAUUGAAGUACAACGCCCAGAACUUUGUGCAAAUCGAUAGCUUUGUCUAUCCAUUCGUUGCCGGAGAGAAUACCUUCAAGCGUGGCUCCAAGGACUUCACCUGGACCGCUGAGGAUCGCGCCACCUACACUGAACUCUACAAGUACGUCCAGCUGGCUAGCGAGGGAGCCUAUGAGUUCCCAUUGGACCUGAGCGAGCCCCACAAUGCCUUCCCCGAUCGUCUGGUGUUGCCACGUGGCUGGGAACAUGGCAUGCCCAUGCAGUUCUACUUCUUUGUCUCCCCCUAUGCCGAGGAUUACGAACAGUUCUCCAACUUUGAUUUCACAUACUCGGCUGGCAUUGGAUCCGGAACUCGCUUUGUGGACAGCAAACCAUUCGGUUAUCCCUUCGAUCGCUCCAUCGAUGAGUACAGCUACUUUGUGCCCAAUGGUUUCUUCAAGGAUGUCAAGAUCUACUACCAGGACACCUUCGCCAAGUACUUCGAGAAGAAAUAUGCCAACUUCGGCGAAUUCGAUUACUCCAUCGAGUACUAAACGUCGAUUUCGAUUUAGCUAUUAAGUUCUCAUUAAUGUUUCAAAUGCAAUGUCAAAAAAUCCAACCAAAAAAAAAAAAAAAACAACG